UCAUGUAGCUUGGGUUGCAUAAAUUGUCCAUACAAAGCAUUUGAACUACAAUGGGCAAUAUCAAUGAGUAGAUACAAACCACUAUAACUUUGUUUGACGUUUAUAAUCUUAUGUCAAACACUUGUAAAUAAAUAUGAUAAUAUACGAAUAAUCGCAUAAACGAAACAAUUUAGACCUAAGAUGUUCAUCAGGGAUCCAUGCGGCAUUGUGUGCAUCCUUGUCACGUAUGCCGCGGUCUUCUACGCGGAUUACGUGGUGGUGAAAUGGAUCGUGUUUCAGACCAUGAUCGAAAGUCUUUGGGGAGCCUUUAAUGUCGUUAUGUUCAACACGGUGAUAUUCCUGUUGACGAUGUCGCACCUGAAGGCGGUGGUAACUGAUCCUGGUACCGUACCCCUCGACAACACCGACCAGGAAAAGGACCAUUUGCACGCCGACUUCUCCGGUUGCGAUUGGACGAUGUGCACGCGCUGCGACACCUACAGACCCCCCAGGGCACACCACUGCAGGAUAUGUCAGAGGUGCAUCAAAAGAAUGGAUCACCAUUGUCCAUGGAUCAACAAUUGUGUUGGGGAGAGAAAUCAAAAGUAUUUUAUACAGUUUUUAAUUUAUGUUGGAAUUUUGUCUGCCUAUGCCAUUGUUUUAGUGGUGGUUUCCUGGUUGACUGAAUGUAAAGAUUGUCAACAAAAUAUACCUUUAAAGCAGGCCAGAAUGGAUAAUUUUAUAUUUAUGAGAAAAAGAGAAUAUAAUGAUGAAAUUUCUAUGAGAAGCAUGCAUUGUGUAAUUUUGCUUCUGGAAAGUGCGCUCUUCGGCAUGUUCGUGUCUGCGAUCCUCGUGGACCAAAUCCAGGCGAUAUUGUCGGACGAAACGGCGGUAGAACAGGUGCAGCAUCAGGGCCCGUUCCGACCACACAAAGAGAAAAUGGCACUUUUGGCCGAAGUAUGUGGACGUCAGCAUCCGUUUCUAUGGCUGUUGCCAUGUUCUGGGGUUCCCAGGAAACACGAGUAUCCGGAUGUGGAUCACGUGGUCUGAGCCCAUUUGGUUUUAGAUUGAUUGAUUGUAAGUUUUUUUAUUUGUUGUGGAUUUUUAAAUUCGUAGGUUUUAGUGGAUGAACACUAUUUAUUGUACUUUUGUACACAACUUUCAUUAUAUUUUCUCAUUUCUGUAUAUUCUCGUUUUACAUAUUUUAAGAUUUGAUAUUAGAUGAUUUGGGUCUCAGUUGAUUUUAGAUAUUUUUAUAUAGACAGAUAUUAAGAACCAUAAAUUAAUUAUUAAAUAAUUAAUUUAAUAGUUUCUAUUAGUCGCAAAUAAUUUUAAAACAAUUUUUUUAUGUAUUUAUAUAGUCCAUUAUAUUAAUAAUGGAGAUUUAAAUUAAAUAUUUGUCCACUAAAACUACGAAAUAAUCACCAUAUAAUAAUUUAUUCCCAUUUUUAUCAUAAGAACAGAUUAAACUUGUUGUUUCCAAGAAGAUAUUAUCAUAUUUCACGUUUCAACCAGUGUUUUAUCAAAUAAUUCUCCUAAAACUGUAUAUAAUUAUUAUGUAAUAACAAAGAUUAAGUAUAUACUUAUAUAUUUAACCUUUGGUAAAAUAUGAAUAUCAUUGUUAAGUGCCACUCCUAUUUAUGUAAUAUUUAUUAUUGUAACAGAUUCCUAUUAUUUAUUUUAGAAGGUUUAUCCCUUAAUUUUGCAAAAGUUCAUCAGCUUCCAGAAUAAUAAAAACAAACAGAAACCAUUGAGUACAAGACUGUGGAUCUUAAUACUUACUGUUCAAUUUUACACUUGGCAAAAUCUAUAAAACAAAAUUUUACACAUAUCAAAAAUUGAAAUAGUGUGUUUUAGAAUAUUCUUAUUUAAUUAAGUUAUAUUUUAAAUUCGUCGUGGACAAGGAUUGGAGACGUUGUAACAAUUUAUCGCGAAAUAAACAAAAAUAAGUCUGUGAUUAGUUAUAUAAUGACCAAAAAACUUUAUUCGGUUCUUAUUUUUGUCCACAUUUAUUUAGUUAUUUAACUUCCUGUUUACAUUUAGGUGCAAUAAUUUUGUUUUGGGUAUUCAACACUAGUCGUCUAUAGAUUUUUAUUGUAUAUAUUUUUUAUUUAAGUCAUCUUUUAUAUAAAUAAAUUUAUUACUUUACAA